AUGGUGUGGAUCAGCCGUUCCUUUGCCUUCCUGCUGCUCCUGCUCCUGCUCUUUGCGACUGCCCAGCGACAAAAUCAACCGCAGACAGCCGACCUCCAACCUGACAACCGGAACCGUCCCUCCCCGCGCUACGUGACCUUGCCUCCAAACCUUACCCUGCCCAAUCCUCUGAACUCCAACAUCGUAAUCGAAAACGUUCAGUGUAUCAACGGAGGACUCACCUCGGUCGGCACUUUGCGCUUGACCGAUUUCCACCUCGUCUUCUGCGCGCCACCUCCUCCCAAGAACCCGCCCAUCGAACAGGCCGAUCAACCGCCCCCGAAGCCCAGAGAAUCAUGGAUCACCUAUCCUAUUCUGUCGCAGUGCACACUCCGGCUCACGCCUCCAACCCACGGCAUCCUCAGCUCCAUUAGAAUCCGCUGCCGCGACUUCAUCUUUGUUACCUUCACAUUCGAGGACAACAACGUUGCUCGAGACGUCUUUGAGUUUGUGAAGCUCAGAACCUGCAAGCUGGGCACCAUUGAACGGCUCUUUGCUUUCAGCCACAAGCCCUCCAAAGUCGAGCGACAGGUCAAUGGCUGGAAGAUCUACGACCCCAAAGCUGAGUUUCGGCGCCAAGGCAUCAGCGAGAAGUCGUCGGACAAGGGAUGGAGAAUCACCAAUAUCAACAAGGACUAUACCUUUUGCGACACCUAUCCCGCCGUCCUGGUGGUUCCUUCUGGCAUCUCCGACAACGUUUUGAAAUACGCCAAAGAGUAUCGUUCGAGACAUAGAAUUCCGGCCCUGAGUUACAUUCACGCAAACAAUAACUGCACCAUUACCCGCAGCUCGCAGCCUCUGUCAGGCAUCACCAGAAAGAACAAUGUGCAAGAUGAGAAGCUGGUGUUGGCUUCUUUUGCACCUAUCAUGCCCCGAACCAGCAUCGAUCAAGACCAGCCUCCGCGCCUGAGCCAGUCAGAUAUCUCUGAAAAGUCGUCUAUGGAUGGAGAAUUCUCUGAGCAGAUUGCUGCCGACGACGAGCCCAAGAUGUUUGAUGAAAACGGCAAACGUCUCAUCUAUGGCGCCCAACAAGCCAACAUGAUUGUCGACGCCAGACCUACCGUGAAUGCCAUGGUCAAUCAGAUUGGAGGAAUGGGUUCUGAGCCCAUGGACCGCUACCCGGGGGCCAAGAAAGCCUUCAUGAACAUCGAGAACAUCCAUGUGAUGAGGAAGUCGUUGGAGAGCGUCAUGCUCUGUCUCAAAGAUGCCGACCUGUCCCCUCUGGCCCCUGAUCAGAACGCUUUGGCUGCCACUGGCUGGCUGAAACACACGCAGGCUGUUUUGAAUGGAGCUGAUAUAGUCGCCCAGCAAAUAUGGCUCAAGCAGUCACACGUCCUCAUUCACUGCUCCGAUGGCUGGGACCGAACCAGUCAGCUAAGCGCUCUUGCUCAGAUUAUGCUGGACCCGUUCUUCCGAACCAUUGAGGGGUUCAUUGUACUCAUCGAGAAGGACUGGCUUGCCUUUGGCCACAUGUUUAGGUUGCGAUCUGGCCACUUGAACCACGAGGACAAUUUUAAGGUUCAGAACGACUCGAUGGCAGGGUCAACCAUUCAGCCUGGCGAGAAUGAUGGUCGCGCAGAUGCCUUCCAGAACGUCUUCACCGGUGCCAGACAACUAUUCAACCCCAGCAAGGAGGACAAGGCUGAACUUGAUGCCAUCACCGAAGGUUCCACUGGAAAAGUCGCCAAGGACGAGGCCACUGUCCCUAAAAUGAUCAGCCCAGUCUUCCAUCAGUUUGUGGACUGCGUCUAUCAGCUUCUCCGCCAGAACCCGACCAAGUUCGAGUUCAAUGAGAGAUUCCUUCGCCGACUCAUCUACCAUCUCUACUCCUGCCAGUACGGCACAUUCCUCUACAACUCUGAGAAGCAGAGACACGAGGCUCAUGCCUCUGAGCGCACUUCCUCGGUCUGGGACUAUUUCUUGUCGCGCAAGCCGGAGUUCACCAACAAGGACUAUGAUCCGACCUUCGAUGAGUACGUCAAGGGUCGUAGCCGGAUCAUAGUGCCUGAGAUGAGCAACAUUCGCUGGUGGCACCAACUCUUCAAUCGCACCGAUGAGGAGAUGAAUUCGCAACUCAACGCUGUGGCGACUGCUGCAGCCAACAGAGCCACGGCCAUGAACGAAUUGCACCCAACCACAGAAGAUUAUUAUGCAAACAGCCAGCCUGGUACCCCGCCUCAAGCCGCCGCAAGUCCCAAGCCGCCGUCCCUCACCAAUAGCCAGUCAGUUCUGGCAUCUGUAGAGACUGCGCACGCCACGCUCACGCCCAAUCGUCAAGAGCGACAGGCUCCAAUUCUGCGUCGAAGUGUAUCGGCAGAAAACUCCAAUGCCUUUAGCGCAGUGAGAGAUGGAAUUGCUGGCUUGAAUAUUGGCAAAAAUGGCGUCAUGUUCGAACGAAUGCACGAAGCGCCUUACACCAUCGAGGUGACCAACGCUACAAUGAAACUCGACGCCGAGCUCUAUUACCAGGAGAACUGGGCUGACUCGACUUACACGCUUAGUAAUUGGGGCGAUCCAACGGUCUGGGAAUGGGGCACCAGGGCCGUCAUCAACUUGAGCAGAGACUGGUCAAACUUGACCGAUGGCUUGGCCGAGGACACGCCCGACGAAGAUGCUUGUGUUGACAACAUCACCUGCGACGAUGAUGGCGUUUGCAUCAAUGGAAAUGCGUCAACCGACAUUGAUGCUUGUUCUGAGGCGUCCUCGAUUCAUUCUCUCGAGCGUGUCUUGGCGGAGGAUGUCACCGAUAGCAGCUUCUUCAUUAUGGUGGACUCUAGCAUGGAGGACCUGUCUGCCGAGAACGGCGGAUCUGUGGUUUCCAACCACUAG